AUGUUGCGAAAUCCCUCAGCGGAGAGGAAUCGCGGUCCCAUCCUCGACGUCCUCAAGCGUGAAUUCAUCGCCGCGGGUUCAUGUGUGCGCGUGCUGGAGAUUGCUUCGGGCACGGGGCAGCAUGUUGUGCACUUUGCCCGUGAAUUCCCCCACAUUGAAUUCCAACCCACGGAGAUCUCGGAGAAUUUGCUGCAAUCAAUUGGGGCAUUUGCACAGCACAGCGGCAUGCGGAAUAUCCAUCCACCCGUGCCCGUGGACAUCACACGACCGUGCGAAUCGUGGUCGCAUGAUUUAUUCAGUGGCACCCUCCGGAGCAAGAGCAUCGACUACAUCAUCAACAUCAACAUGAUACACAUCACACCAAUCGAAGCCACCGAAGGACUCUUCAGGAACUCAUCGCGCCUCCUCCGCGCAGGUGGCCUUCUCGUUACGUACGGCCCAUACGGGGAGAACGGCGUCAUCGAGCCCGAGAGCAAUGUCAACUUCGACCGAAUGCUAAGGUCACAGGACCCAAGGUGGGGUAUCAAGGACCUCGUGGCCCUGCAGAAGCUCGCCAACAACUUUCGCAUCGCCCUCGUGCGCCAAUACGCCAUGCCAUCCAAUAAUCGAUGCGUCAUCUGGCAGAAGGUUGAUUAAGCCGUCCAUCCUUUACAUUAUUACAACUUGUCUCCACAUCUCCACCUCCACCACCACCGCCGCCGCCCCAAACCUCCCCUCAGCUCUGCAAUUUAUCGCCUAAAAAGGACACAAACACGGAGAGAGAGAAAAAAAUCAUUUUGAUGGGAAUUUGGACAGAAUUUAAGGCAAUUUCAGCAGAGUUGGGGAAUUUUUGGGAGAACUUAUUUUCCUUCUUUCUCUCUCCCUCUCUCUAGAUAAAGAUCUGAGAUAUCAGCAUUGCCCACAGGGAUAUUAACAAAGGAAUUAAGAAGUUUAAAUUCAAAAGGUUGCGUGGAUCAUUAACCCUUUCGCGUACAUUGAGAAAUUCAUAGACCUAAACAUUUUAUUUUCCCAAAUUUCUAUCAAUUUUAUUGUUUUUUUCCGUGUUAAAGUGGAAUUUAAUUCACGCAGAAGAGGCCAAAGGAGACGUUUUGCCUGCGAAAUAUCCUCUGAUUAAUCAUAUAAUAAAUAUCGUGAUAACAAAGAGCUCAUGAUUUAACAAGGGGUAUGUAUCUGAAUGAAAAUCUUCGAAUUAUUUGUCAAAAUUCGGAUGAUUCAGAAAAAUUCGUCAAGAUUCGGAUUGUUUUUCUAGAAAAUCAGAGCUAAUCAUUAAGAUUCGGUCUUUUUUCCUGUCAUAAAAGAUUCAGACUAUUCGUCAAAAUUCAGAUGAUUCUCUACGAUUCGCCAGUAUUCAAAUUAUUCGUCGAGAUUCGGAUGAUUCGCUAAAAUAAUCAAAAUAUUCAACAGAUACACACCCCUUAUGUUUCAAUUUUUCACGUGGACGCGGAAGGGUUAAUUAAUUCAACAGUUGUAAAAAAAGAAGAGUUGAAGAAAAAGUUCUUAAAAAUUCUAGGGAUAAAGAAAUCAAAGAAAUCAUCAAAAAUUGAAGAAAUUCUUGAAGAAUUUAACCAAUUCGCGAUAAUAAAUUGUGAGUAAAAUCAUUCUCAUUUUUUUUUAAACAAAUUUUCUUUCAAUUUUUAAGUCAAAAGUUCUUUAAAAUUCAAUCACAAUUUAAGAAUAAAAUCCCUUUGAAUUUAAACUUCAAUAAAAUCCUUCUUUUUUUAUUAAUAUUUUAUUCCCGAGAUCUCGGAAGGAAUUAAUGUUAUUUGUAUUGCACAUUGUGAAAUACAUAUUUUAUUUAAGCACGCGAUCGUACGUAGUUUUAUUAAAUAAAUUGUAUUUAUAAUUAAUAUUUAGAACUCAAUUAUUCUUACAUAAAAGCCUUUCCUUUUAUUUACUUAUUUUUGUUUUUUUUUCGAAUAAAAAUUGAUUGUUUUUUUUUAGAAUAUCAAUUUUGUAAAAGAUAAAUUAUUAAAAAAAAAACUUCCAGAAAUCGGUUAACCCAAAUAUGUCCACUUAAUACGAAAGAACCUUUAAAAGAUGUUUGUGUUGCCUUUACGAUUUUAUUUAAACUAAAUUUAAUUUAAACGUUCGUUGUUAAGAAGAAUUAAAAAAUCAAGUUUGAAAAGGAUUUUUUUUCUAUUCUAUUCAUACUUUUUAAACGAUCCUUAUGUUAAUUGCACCAUAAGAGCCCUCACUAAUUCAAAAAGUUAAGACAGGGUGAUCAUACAAUUUUUUUUAAUUCCUGAAAUAAUUCGGAGUCAUAUUUCUCAAUUAAUAUUUUUUAAAAAUCAAUUAAUUUCCUAAGAAAACAUUAACAGCGAUUCAUAACCUCAAUUUAGCCUUAAAACGUUCAACCAUCAAACAUUAAAAAAUAAUAAUCUAAAAAAUUUCAAAAACCUUUUAAAUUCACGAGUUGAUUUAAAUUUUCUAAGCGAGAAAGAAGAAUUAAAUUUAAUAAAAUUUAUUUAAUUAUUUUAUUUAAUUUGUGUUCAUCCAAUGGACACAUUUGGGUUAACAUUCAGUGAAAAAAAUGACGAAUUGUUAUAUUAAUUGUAGUAAAAAUAAUAUAUUAGCUUGCACCGCAAUAAAAUCUUCAAGAGACGUCCUGUUAAAUUUUCUCCCCACUUUUUACGAUGUGCAAUUUUAACGGGAAUUUUAAGGAAAAAUUUAUAUAUUUUUCUACUUAAAUUAAAAUCAUAAGUAAAAAUCAUUCUAAAGGAGUUUAUGUAAAUUUAAAUAACUUUGAAAAAUAAAGGUUUUAGGGAUAAUUUUUAAUAAAUCUGUAUCUGAGUGUGCAAAAUUUUUGCUUCGAAAUAAACUUAAAUUAAAUUAAAAA